AUGUCUUUUCCCAACGGGAUGUUAUAUACUACCAAACUUACGACAGCGACAGCGCAAUUGAAAGCCUAUGCCGAAUUAUUCGCGGCGACUGUUACUAAAAUUAAUCAUCAUCAGUCAACCGAAGACAAAUGUCUCCACUUUACCGAGCACCUGUUAUACGUUGACGGUGGCCAGUAUUCUGACGAACAGCAGCCUCUAGCUCGGGCAUCAAAUAAAAUGUAUGAGGCUGCGGAGGCAAAUUUUUUGUAA